CCAUCGCACAACUGUCUAUGGUGUACCGAAUCUUAACCAGGCCAAAAAAGAAAUUUAAGCCCUUGCUAGGACUUUCCCACGCCGCCAUGCGUCAGCCGCGAAUCGAACGCGGGGCCCAUCGAUGGCAACGAUGGAUUUUACCACUAAACCACUGACGCUUGCGUUAUUGACAGUGACAUAUGUGGAUAGUGGGACUUGUCUAGACCCAUCCGCAAGGUCAACAGCCCUGCCGAAUUGCGGGUGGAGACCGCGGUGGAGUUGUGGGCACCGGUGGACGGAGCAAACGCCGAACCAGCCCGAUUCGACCCACCUUUCGGCGGCCCACCAUGACAGGUCCGACUUCAAGUUCACCACGACCGGCGUUAUCCAGGAGGCCAUUAUAUGCCGAUUCCGAGAGAAGCUCAUCCACGUCACUUGGAGCCUGUGCCAUGGCCACGGGAAGCCUGGAAUACGCAAUGAAGACACGGCGAUGCAUCUUGCGUCGCCCCUACAGCAGACCGGCUCUUCAGGCGCCGAGACUUUUGGCCGUUCGCCCCCUGAUCACCACAUCGAUGCAUCUACGAUCGGCACCUUUGACUCUCCAUUGAAACUCAGCUAUUGUCCAUGACCAGUGCUCUCAGUUCUAGACUUUUCCAAGCUGUACUACCUUGGUUUCUUUGUGCUUCGUUUACCGCCGGCACAACCUACUACGCUACCGUCCGUCCACAGUCCACUGUCUACACCGCUGAGUCUAGCUGAGAGUGUAUCAUUGAUAGGAUUGCCGGCUAUGGCGAGCUCAGCCCAGCGCUCUGGUGGUACCGUCAGUACAUACAAAGGCUUGCUCUGAACAAACGCCCACCAUUCC